AUGUCUCUCAAUUCGGCCUUGGACGUGCAGUCGAUUGCGUCUCUUGCACAGCAACAACAACAGGACGAGCAGAAUGCGGCCCACGACAGUGUCAACGCGAACGGCACCAAGCGCAAAGCCGAGGACCAAGGCGGCCAGCCGCGAGCUCGCCGAAAUCGAUAUGUGUCCAUCGCAUGUAACGAGUGCAAGCGGCGCAAGAUCAAGUGCAAUGGCCAGAAUCCGUGCCAGCGAUGCGGCAACCUGAACCUCGAUUGCGUCUAUGCGCCGAAUUGCUGCGCCGGAUUCAAGGACUCGGCUGAGUUCAAGGACAUGUCGGGCCAGAUCUCCAUGUUGCAAGAGCACGUGAAUGCCCUAUAUGAUCAGUUCAAUCAGCUGCGGUCUCAGAUCGGAGGACAGCUCGCAACCGUAGGGCCGCAGUCCAACACUUCAAUCGACCCUUCGUUGCAGCAGUAUCCGCCCGAUCGCGCAACAUUCACUAAUGCGCAGACCUCGCCCGGUGUACCGCUGUCUCCAGCCCACUUCCAUCGACCGCGAGCCUCGAGCCAAUCGCAAAACAGAUACAAAGGUCCCACGAGUGUAGCUUUCAACCUGGGAGUCGCCAAGACUAGUUUGGAGUCCAUGGGCAUAGCCGGACCGGGCGAAGAGGAUGUCAGUGGAAAUGGAGAGGCUGAUACUGGCACGGCAGAAGGGAGCCCUCAUAGGAGUCCCACGUGGAAAGUCCCGCGUGGGCAGGCGCUGCAGCAGAUGCACGCGGAUAAGGAUCCCAUUUGGAGUAUACCACAGGAAGAAGCAAUUCGCUUGUGUCGAGUCUAUGAGGAUGAGAUGGGUCUUAUGUACCCAGUACUGAACAUCGGCAAAGUUGUCGACUACGCCACCAAGCUGUACAGGUUCAUGGAGGCUGCACAUCGUUCCGGUCUCAUGCAACAGGGUAUGCCAGGCUCAGAUGCCAUUGAUGAUGAGGAGACGAACAUUCUCAAAUUGGUCAUAGCCACUGCUCUGACGACAGAGGCCGGCGGUCGAAGUGAACUUGGCCAGAGAUUGUUCGAGUAUGUGCAGCCUGCAAUUGAUGCGAUGCUGCUCGGGGCCGUUGGUGUUCCAGCCAUUCGCAUGCUCACGAUGACUGCCAUGUACGAAUUCCAGCGCGAUAAUGAAGGUACAUCGUGGCGCAUCAUUGGUCUGACUGCACGACUAUGCAUUGAGCUGGGUCUGCACCGGCGGGAAACUUACGAUGCGAUUCAGGACGAGGAUGAUCGUACUGAAACCAUGCUUCUCUUCUGGUCAAUUUACGUGCUGGAUAGACGGUGGAGCUUUGGCACCGGCAUGCCAUUCGCUCUGCAAGACUCUGACAUUGGUCCGCAGAUGCCUAAGCCCGAGGAUCGUUCGCCAUACCUGAGUGCGAUGAUCCAGUAUUCAGCUAUAGCUAGCAAGGUCUGGCGUUCCGUCGCAGCCUCUGCUUCAUCUGAAAAGGGCAGCAUGCCGAUUAAGAACGAUGAGAUGGACUACCUUGACUACCAGGUCAUUCAGUGGCACCGCAAUAUUCCACAACAUCUCCGUUUCGAGCACCCCUCCUCGCCAGGGACCACAAGAGUGCCAAUACCCGUUGGCCCGUCGCCGUCUCGGGGCGCCCAUCGCCUGCGAAUCAUACUAUAUCUCCGAGCAAAUCAAAUGCGCAUUCUCAUAUAUCGCCCAGUCUUACACUCUGCAACCUCCAUCAUCCAGCACCGCGAGCAGGCCCAAACAGCAGUCGAUGUAGCGAAGGAUACUAUUCGAGUGCUAACACACAUCAACCAGACCUCGGACCUAUAUCGAACCCAGCAGGUCCUUUUCAACGCUUUCCUCACUUCGGCUCUAGCAGUGCUGUUCCUCGCCGUCUCACACACGCCUGCAGUUUUCGCCGAAGACGUUAGAGAGGAGUUCUACAUGGCUCUGGAUCUCGUUCGUGGCUUCAGCAAAGGCAGUUGGGUUUCCAAGCGGCUUUGGAAGACCAUUCGAGUCUUGAAGGAAGUUGGUCCCAAACUUGGUUUGCAGAUGAAAGAAAGUUCUGCUGUUGCUACUGCUGUCACUGAGCCCGCUCAAAUACCCAAGAAGCCCUCUGCUAGCGGUAGCAAUAUCCAAGACGACCCCGAUCCUAACCGCUCUGCCGCGGUAGCUAUGGCAGGCCUGGCAGGCGUGAAUGUCGAUGAAAUGAAUCUGUACAACGGCGGAGUACCACAACAACAUCAGUGGAACGCCACGAACCAUGGCGCCAGUUCCAGCCCAGAAAACAUGGUACAUGAUUUGAGCAGUCUAUUUGAGGCUGCUGGAGGUUUCCAUGGAUUGGCUGGCGUCAAUGGUACUGACUCUGUAGGAGGGUUUGCAGCAGACCACACUGGCGUGGGAGACGGGUUUGGCGACGAAGGGUUGAGUAAUAUACUGCAGGAAUUAUUUUGAUUCAAUGAAAUCUAAUCAGCGCGGGAAAAUAAUGGGAUCAAAGUAAUUUCAUAAGGAUCUGGAAGGAAAGAAACGAAAGGGGAAGGAAAGCAAUGGGUGGGCGCUCUGAUGAACAAGGCUGA